AUCUUUUUCCAAUCUCUAAAAUAGUAGUUUAAGUCUAGCCUACGUGUGACGCGUGGGACUACUGAGUUAAAACGUGUGAGGCGUCAGUUGGCUUUCCUCGGUCUCAACACUGAAACCGCUGAAGCUUGAAGCGCUUUUAAUAGCUACAUAUUAAAAUAUAUAUCUACAAUUACAUAAAUAUAUAUACAUCUACCUAUACAAAGUACUAAAGUUUACAAUAGUACACAUUACACUCAGUACUCGGUAAUCUAUUGCAGAAAAAUGUUUCACCUAAAUAAGCUGGUGAGAACGAGAGCUGGGUGUCUUAAAGGGAAACAAACUCCAAAAUUAAAUGGUGACUUAGCCGGUGCUCUGACGCGCGCUGUCCCAGUGACAAGUGUCCAAAACCGGGGGUACGCUGAGCAUCAGAUUCCCGACCGACUCAAGGACAUCCCGGUCGCGGAGAACCCCAAGUUCUUUAACAUGGUGGAGUACUUCUUCCACCGAUCAUGCCAGAUUAUCGAGGACAAGCUAGUUGAGGAUGUGGGCCAUCGAUCUAAAAUGACCAUCGAGGAGCGCAGGAAGAAGGUCAAAGGUAUCCUCAUGCUAAUGGAGCCUUGCGAUCAUAUUUUGGAGACUACUUUCCCCUUAAGACUUGACUCGGGUGACUACGAAAUGAUUACUGGGUACCGUGCUCAGCAUUCUACGCAUCGGACACCGUGCAAAGGAGGUAUUCGAUUUUCAAUGGACGUCUGCCGAGAUGAAGUGAAAGCUUUAUCAGCAUUGAUGACUUUCAAGUGUGCUUGUGUCGAUGUUCCUUUUGGAGGAGCCAAAGCCGGAAUAAAAAUCGAUCCUAAAAAGUACUCAGAGCAUGAAUUGGAAAAAAUAACCCGUAGGUUUACUUUGGAGAUGGCCAAGAAAGGUUUUAUUGGACCUGGAGUUGAUGUACCAGCCCCUGAUAUGGGAACAGGUGAACGGGAAAUGUCAUGGAUAGCGGACACCUAUGCCAAAACAAUCGGUCACUUGGACAUAAACGCUCACGCGUGUGUAACAGGAAAGCCCAUCAAUCAGGGUGGAAUCCACGGUCGUAUUUCAGCUACCGGUCGCGGAGUAUUCCACGGUCUAGAGAACUUUAUAAACGAGGCUAACUACAUGUCGAUGAUUGGAACAACUCCCGGGUGGGGCGGUAAAACCUUUAUCGUUCAAGGUUUUGGUAAUGUAGGUCUUCACUCGAUGCGUUAUCUCCACCGGGCCGGUGCUACUUGUAUCGGUGUUAUUGAGCACGACGGCUCGAUCGUCAACCCCGAAGGAAUUGAUCCCAAGCAGUUGGAAGAUUAUAGAAUUGAGAAUGGAACUAUUGUUGGUUUCCCCGGCGCUCAGCCUUACACUGGUGAAAAUCUUAUGUACGAACAGUGCGAUAUUUUCAUUCCUGCAGCCAUUGAGAAGGUUAUCAACAAAGACAACGCAUCGCGUAUUAAGGCUAAAAUAAUCGCUGAAGCUGCUAACGGACCUACAACACCUGCUGCCGACAAAAUUCUUAUUGAAAGAAAUAUACUUGUUAUUCCUGAUUUGUAUAUAAACGCUGGUGGUGUUACUGUAUCAUUCUUCGAAUGGCUCAAAAAUUUGAAUCAUGUUUCUUACGGGCGGCUCACAUUUAAAUAUGAAAGAGAAUCUAAUUACCAUUUAUUAGAAUCCGUCCAAGAGUCUUUAGAACGUAGAUUUGGUCGCGUUGGAGGCCGUAUUCCAGUAACUGCGUCUGAAGCUUUCCAAAAAAGAAUUUCUGGUGCUUCCGAAAAAGACAUUGUUCAUUCUGGUCUCGACUAUACUAUGGAACGAUCAGCUAGAGCUAUUAUGAAGACUGCAAUGAAAUACAACCUGGGACUAGACUUGAGGACAGCAGCUUACGCAAAUUCCAUUGAGAAAAUUUUCACGACAUAUUCAGAAGCCGGUCUUGCUUUUUAAUCCUAGUCAUAAAUAACAAUAAAUAUCAAAGCAAAAAUUAAAAAAAUUUUAGUAAAUCAAAUAAUUAAAUAUUUACACAUUUCAUCCGUCAGUAUUUUCAUAUUUUCAAUUAGGCUUCAAUAUUAUUUGCCGUGUAUUAUUUGAUUACUCGAUAAAUUAUUUUUACGGACUUGAAACAAUUAAAAAAAUAAUUAAUUUUAUUUUAAUCAAUUAACUUACUCAGUUUUAUCCUCCAGUAUAAUCAAUUAAUACUCAGCGAAUUGUAAAACAGCCGCACUUGAUAACAAAAAAUCCAGUAAAGUUACAUCAGCAGUGAAUGAUCCUCAAGAUGUACCAUAGAAUAUUUUAUUUUAACACUCAAAAAUUAAUUAAUAACACGCAAUUAUUAAUUAAUUUGAUGGUGCCAUUUAAUGCUUAAACAUCGUUAAUUUUGCCGAUAAACUUAAUUAUAAUUAAUUAUAAGCUACCACUGGUUAGAAAACACAAUUUUUUUAUAUUAAAUAUUACAGAUAAAUUUUUAAAAAUUUUGAAGCUGAAUUUCUGUGCGAUUAUUGCGCUAAUAUGGUUUACCAUUAUACAAUUAAAUAUUAAUUAAACAAAACAAAUAAGGCAUUGAUGUAACUUAAGUACGGUAAAUCGUACGAAUAAAAAAAAUUACUGCUCAAGUGACUGUAACUUUUAAAAAAUGAUGUAUUGUAUACAAUUACACUUAAGAAUUAAAAUAACGCAAAUGUUAAAUUUAAUGCCUAUAAUAUUACUGUUGAAUACACUUCAUAAUCUCUAAGUGAUUGUUGUUGUUUAAUUAUAUUUAAAAUACUUAAAAAACUUCCGUGUAAUUGAAUUUGUAUUUAAAUUUUAGGUACAAACAUACUUUUUAUUUUUUUUAAAGAUAAUCGCUCGUGUUUUACGUUUAUUGUAAGCAAUUUUAAUAAAAUGAUUAAA